AUGGGACGCUCUAAAAUGAACUGUUCAAAGAGGUCAAGACCUUUCUGUCAUGUAUCAAAGGCGACUUCAAUCAGUGGGCAUUCUAUCCGAAUGCUCAGAAACGGAGGUAAUGGACGUAAUCCCUUCUUUCGCUUUCUGGCACACUUUCGGAAAUGUCUCAUCGACUUGGUAUGCCACUUGCCCUCAGAUGAGGUAACCCAAAUGGCCAGCAAGAUUUGGAAUUCCAUGAGCCCGGCAGAGAAAAAACCUUUCGUCGCUGCUGCCCGAAACUAUAGUUACACCUUCCGAUCGCGAAGCAAAAAAGUUAACUGGCUGCUGCAAAAACUGCGAGAAUUUGCUGCUGCGGAAGAAUGCCAAGCUCAAUCGCUGUGGUUGCUGAUGAACGGCAUCAAUUACUGGCAGAAUUGCGUUCUGGAUGAUCUUUUAAACCUUGAUUGACAAUUGAAGCCA